CGCAAAGAACAAGCUGAAAAAAGCACGGAACGUUCAAGAACAAAGCGAAUUGCAAGAUAAGAUCGGCAGCGACAAUUAUCUCAUGAUAUCGCAGGAGGUUAGACACAAAAGUUCGACGCCUAAUAGCGCCUAGCGAAGCAAUCUUCAGUGUCAGUUGCAAUAAGAAUCGGAAGACCUCCACUUCUAUCGAUAUCGGCUGUGAAGAUGUGUAGAAAAACAAAGCGAGUGAUGUUGCGACAACAUGGUGUCUGAAAAACAAAUGCGGUUUCUGAGAAACAAAUGCCCUACAUCUAUUUUUCAUCUCGCCAGGACCCAAUCUUGUUGACCAUUGUAAUUUUUACAACGACACCAGCGCAUUAUCUUCUCAUUGUCACUUCUCUCUUCACCACACCAACGCAGCGCUCUCGAUCAGGAUUCUGUAGUACAGAAUCAGAAAGACUCUUCUAGACAGCACCAAUAGGACACGAGACAUCGACUUGGGAAGAAAUUCAGAACUUAUCCGGGGUUGUAAGUAGUUUCGCACGACCGCGCAAUUCGUUUAAUUUCGACGCAGAACGAGUAUAAAAAGAUCUUGACCAGGGGAACAUCAAGCCGCGUGCAAUUCGUGUUUUUAUUACACUUCGGUUUCUGACUGAUAUCAAAAAUCUUCUGUUCUUCGCGAUUUCUCUUACUUCUACCCACCUAAAGAUUCAUCAUGACGAAGAUGGCUAGCCCCAAGCGGUCUCCCUCCCCCAUCCCGAAAAAAAGGCCCAACGAAGUAUGACCUGCUCAAACGUUACAAUCUCAAACGUUACGAUAGAGUCUCGGUUUUGUAUUGCAUGAUGAGCAUGACAGACUCGGACGGUAUUCCACUUUCUGCAAUACAAAUUUCGCCAGAUUUUUGUAGCGCGGAUUGGGACUCCAGAACUUGCCAUGCGCAAUCCUAUGAGAGCUGGCUAGAUAAUGCACUUCUUGCAACACAAAUUCCAGACUCUAUUGUAACGGUUGAGAUUGUAACACCUGAGCAGGUUAUACGAAGAAUCUGCCGGAUUACCAUUGUCAUCCUCUUCAAAAACAACUACAGCUAGCAAAAAUCUUGAGCAGUUUUCCACCACUAAGAAACAGAAGCAAGAUCACUCUGAAAAUAUCCAAAACACCACCUCCCCGAAAUCAUCUUCGAAUACUAAAAUGCUCAAGGGUUUCUGCACCUCCUCCAACGCAGCGAAGGCGGUCGUCGCCCCGGCUUUGGUGCCGACGCAACAGCACACGACGGCCGCGACCAAGAAGCACAAAGUCGCGUUGAUUGGUUCCGGGAAUUGGGGGUCUGCGGUGGCGACGAUUAUCGGGAAGAAUGUGGAGAAACACCCGAUAUCAAAUGUAAAAAUGUCUGGGUCCUCUGGAAGAAUGCAACUUGUGAUGCUGGGUCUGCACUAUCCAAAAAUCUGUAUUGCAUGAACAGCACAAGAGGUCUGGUUUUGGCCACGGCGGGAGGGCAUUUCUCAUGCGGUAUAGGCAUCAGAAAGCCCUCACAAGAUCUGUGAUGCUAGGGCAUGCAUCGCAGACAUCAGGAGUCAUGCAAAAUGUGCACGACAAACCUUGCAUCCUUCCAGACCCAGACAUUUUUGCAUUUGAUACCCAAACCUGUUCGAGCCGAUCAUCAACAUGUACGUUUAUGUAUCCUGUGCAAAAGCAUCGUACUCGGAGUAAUUGCGUUUAUGCAUUACAAAUCCCUUUCUCAAGGUAAAUCAGCAUUACAAAUUCCAUUUGUAAAAUGCUGGGCGAAUUUGUAAUGCAAUUCAUACUAGUACGUGUACGAUACUUUUGCAGUUCAUAGUAUGAGGAGCAGAUUGAAAUGAGCAAGAAAAAACUCCUCGACUUACUGCCAGUUCCGGACCAGCCGACACCGAGUUCCACUGUUUCUGGGAACAAUUCACCCGCUUGCUUCGUGAAAGAUGGUGUGGAACUGAUUAAAAGGAACCUGUCCGAAGUCAUCAACGAAACCCAUGUGAAUGUCAAAUACUUACCGGACAUCCGCCUGCCCAACUCGAUCUACGCGAACAAUGAUUUGAAAUCCUCCUGCUUAAACGCGGACAUUCUCAUCUGGUGUGUGCCGCACCAGUUCGUGACGCGGAUGACAGGGGCGGUGAAAGAGAGCUGUGCUAAGGAUGCGGUAAUAUUUUUAGGUUUUAGAUUUAGUCGUGGGAUGAAGAUUUGGUUAUGCAGAUACUGAAUUAAGUUUUGCAAUUGUCAUGCAGAACAGCAUGCUUAUCAUCGAUGUCGUGGGUCACAAUUAGUACUUAUCUGAAACCUACAGAUCUCCAUCAGCUUAAUCAAGGGCGGCAUCGACAUUGUGGACGGGGAAAUUCAGCUCUGCUCCGAGCUGAUUGCGAAAGAGAUGGGUCACGAAUGCCACGUGUUGAUGGGCGCGAAUCUGGCAAACGAAGUGGCGGAGGGCCAGUUUUGCGAAGCGACGAUUGGGUACCCGACGACCGGACAUGGGCACCUGACAUCUGAGUUGCUAAAGCAGUUGUUUCAUCUGGAGGAAUCGUUUCAGGUAUAGAGAAAAAAUUUGUGUUGGUGAAUGUGAAAUUCUUAUGCUGUUUGUCAUGCACAGUCCGCAAAAUCAAAAAAGGAGAUCUUUACAUUGUCCCGAAUUUGUCAUGCGAAAAUAACACGACGGACAAAGUCAAAAAUAAACUUCAGAUUUCCACCGUCCCGGACGUCCCGGGUGUCGAGCUCUGCGGCGCCUUGAAAAACAUCGUUGCGGUUGGUGCCGGCUUCUGCGACGGACUCGGGUUGGGAUCGAACACCAAAGCGGCUUUAAUCCGAAAGGGUUUGGUGGAAAUGCGCGAGUUUGUCCACAUGUUCUACGGCACGGAUUCCCCAAGCACCUUCUUCGAGUCCUGCGGUGUGGCGGACAUCAUCACUACUUGCUUCGGCGGGCGGAAUCGAAAGUGCGCGGAGGCGUUUGCGAAGCGAUUUGAUUUGACCGACAGCAGUAACAAGAAGGACCAACUGUGGGCGGAAAUCGAAAAGGAGCUCUUGAACGGCCAGAAAUUGCAGGGAACCCUGACCUAUGAAAUGCAAAAGCAUCGUACUAGUAUGAAUCGCAUUACAAAUUUGCUCGGCAUGAGAAAUAAAAUUUGUAAUGUGGAUUUAGCUUGAGAAAGAAAUUUGUAAUGCAUGGCUGCGAUUACUACGAGUACGAUACUUUUGCACAGGAUAUGACCAGUAAGGAGAUCCAGACGGUGCUGCUGAAGCACGACUGUGUCGCGAAGUUCCCGCUCUUUACCGCCAUCAACACCUGCGCGUUCUCCGAAGGAGUGGACGUGAAGAGCUUCAUCCCGCUGCUCGUCGGGAGCAGUAGUGGUGCGUUGAAGCCGAGUGGGGAUAGCACGAAUACGUUGUCCAGCACGGCGACAUAUCAACCGCAAAUAUGGCUGGGUCUGGAAGAAUGCAAGGGUUGCUAAGCGGGUUUUGCAUGAGCCACGACGCCUGUGAUGUCUGUGCUAGCAUCACAGAUUUUCUGAGGGCUUCUUGAUGCCUAUCCCGCAUGACAAAUGCCCUGUCCGCGUACUAGCAAAAAUUUGAUUCCUUUUACUGCUCAUGCAAUAGAGAUUUUUCUAGAAUCCAAAUGCAGCAUCACAAGUUCUUGCAUCCUUCCAGACCCAGACGGAUUUGCAAUGCAUACGACCAUGAACAGUUCGGGAAGCGGGGCGUCGAUCAGCAGUAAAUCGACGGGGGCUUGA